AUGGACUUCCACGGUACCUCGCCAUCUAGUGGCGCGCGGCAGCAAGCGACGGAGCCUCACCUCGGACAGCAACCUCUCAUGCAUACCAACAUGUCUCCACAGCGUAAUAGUUCUACGGACGGCCAUGACGCUCAUCGAACGUCGAACAAUCUACCCAUGAAUGCUAGAGGGCUACCUGCUUUGCCCAUGCAGCAGCAAUACGACCCGAGAGCCCUACUGGAUCCUCGGGGCUUUAGCUCGGCGCAACCACGUCCCGUUACGAAUAGCUUCACCAGCAAGCCCCAACACCCACAAGUUCAGGGCUUCUUGUUCGACAGCCCUUCAGGAUCGCCGCAGUUAUACCAUGAACCAUACCAUGCGCCCCUGGUAUCGAACGACCGCAGUCAUCAGAACGGAGCCGGUAAAAUAAAUGGGAAUGGGAACGGCAAUGGGAGUAAAGCUGCCGACUACGCCAAUAAGAGCCAGAUGAAUGGGGGAAUGGGAAUCAUGCUGGAUUCAGUACACAAAGUAAUGGACCGGAGUAUGAUUCCCCAGAAGCGUAGAAAGGUGGUAGAUGAUAGGCCGGAGAGCCAAAGAAAGGCAGAGUUCGGUGGAGGGCAGAAUAGUGGACCCCUGGGCGAGUAUAUGAGGGAGAAGAGGCAGGAGGGACGAAAAGAAGCCAUGAUGAAAGGAACCGGACCCGUCACUAUCGAUGAUGAAGACGAGGUAGAGAUUUUGAAGGACUCGGGGGACAAGGAAGUCUGUUAUGGACGCGGUAUGCAUAUCCCUCACAAACUUCUCAAUUCAAUCACGAGGAGAUUUCGAGCCUCAGGCCAUGGAAAAUUCACGGAAAUUUUAGCUAAUAUGAAAUCAGUGGAAAACGCCGAAAUAAACUGUCAUAGGGUGCCCAUGCCAAAAGCAGGCUCUGUCACAAUGUCAAAUGACUACUGGCCACAGGUCAAGAUUGUGCUACGACGAAGAACCGGUGAGGCGGGCAACAUCAUACAUGCCAUUGAUGCAAGCCGAACAAUCAUAGGCUGCUUGGACACUAAUACCGCUCUCGGUUUAGCCCCUAUCAUGGACGCGAAAUUUCAACUUCGGACAGACGCGAGAAUUCUCACCAGACCUAAGAGAAAUGGUGAUGAGGCACCCGGUACUGAAACAUCUCGCCGUUAUCAGAUUGAUCUGAAUCUCAUGGGCCUGAAGAAGUACGCGUUGAACAUUGGCAGACACCUGUCUCAAAAGAAUAUUUGGCUUCGAACGCCACUUAUGCUCGAAGCUGGAGUUGAGCUUCACAAUCCCCAUGUUAUUCAAAAGCCCCCGCAACCUCCACCUCGGCUAUACAGCAGCUACGGAUCGCGGCAGCAAGGCCCGGCUCGAACUACAGAGGAGAUUCGCAAUGACAUUCUGGGUAUGUUUGACUCCUUGGAGCGUUCCGAGAACUUGCCGGAGAUGGAAGCAGAUGCUAGGAUUACAACGGAGCUUUUAAAACAUCAGAAGCAGGGCCUCUACUUCAUGACAAACAAGGAGAAGGCUCGGGUCUUUGGUGCUGAUGAGAAAGGCAAUAGUUCUCUCUGGCGACUUAACAUCUCUGCAAGUGGCCAACGGACUUACUACAACGUUAUCACGGGUCAGGAGGAGAGACAGAGUCCUCCGCAGGUUCUCGGAGGAAUCCUGGCUGAUAUGAUGGGUCUCGGAAAGACACUUCAGAUCAUCAGUCUGGUGACACAGACUCUCGAUAAUGAAGCUGUGGAGUGGACAAAGCAGUCGCCGUGCGUACCGAAAGACAAUAGAGAUCUUUGCGCCGUUAGGAAGGGCAAAAACAAGGUGCCGCUUCCGAAGCUCGAGCAGGUCCCCUUGGUUAUGAACUGUAAGACAACACUUCUAGUCUCUCCCCUCAGUACUAUUGCCAAUUGGGAGGAGCAAAUGAAGCAGCAUGUAAAGCCGGGAAGCCUGAACUACUAUAUUUACCACGGUGGCAACCGAAUCAAGGAUGUAAAGAGGCUCGCAGAGUUCGACAUUGUCAUUACAACUUACGGAUCUGUCGCCAGCGAGUUCGGUAAUAGGAGCAAAGGGAAGCCAGGCGUGUAUCCUCUGGAGGAAAUGAAUUGGUUCCGCAUAGUUCUCGAUGAGGCGCACAUGAUCCGUGAGCAGUCAACUCAACAGUCCAAGUCGAUUUGCAGACUCUCGGCUAACCGGCGAUGGGCUGUCACCGGGACGCCCGUACAGAAUCGCCUGGAAGACCUCGGAGCUUUGAUGUCCUUCCUUCGCAUCAAGCCCUUUGACGAGAAAGGCGGCUUUUCUCAGUACAUUAUGUCUCCGUUCAAGCUGUGUGAUCCCGAAAUUCUGCCAAAGUUGCGCUUGCUUGUCGAUAGCAUUACUCUCAGACGUCUCAAGGACCGAAUCGACUUGCCUAAACGCCACGACCAGCUCGUGAAGCUUGACUUCAAUCCCGAGGAGCGUCACAUCUACGAGAUCUUUGCGAAGAAUGCAAGCGAUCGAGUCAAAGUGAUUGUUGGGUCGAGGGAGAAAUCAUUGAGUGGAAAGUCAUAUGUCCACAUUCUCCAGUCUAUUCUCCGACUGCGGUUGAUAUGUGCUCAUGGCAAAGAUCUGCUGAAUGAAGAGGAUCUGAAGGUCAUGAACGGUCUCUGCAAGGAUUCGGCGAUAGACCUCGAUAGUGACGACGAUGGCGACGAUCAGCCAGCUCUGUCCUCUAGACAAGCAUAUGACAUGUACAACUUGAUGAAAGAAACAAAUACCGACGUUUGUCUAACAUGCCAACGCAAAAUCGGCCCUAGCGAUGCUGAAUCCGAGGGGGAAAGCAAAGAUGAAAUUAUUGGACACAUGACGCCUUGCUACCACAUUAUCUGCAAUACUUGCAUCGCCGGCUACAAAGCUGAAGUUGAAGAGGCAGCUCGAGGCCAGCCACAAGUCCACUGCCCAAUCUGCUCUUCAUAUAUCAAGCUAUUCUACUUCCCGCUUCGUCAAGGUGGGCUCGAUGAUCAAGAAGCUUACAAGCAGAAGACUAAGGAGGCGAAGCGUGGCAAGGAAGCAAACGGUUACGGUGGUCCGCACACCAAGACCAAGGCGUUGAUCCAUGAUCUCCUGUUAUCGCAACAAGAGUCCCAAGCGAUGCCCGGCGAGCCUCCCAUCAAGAGCGUCAUCUUCUCUGGCUGGACAGCACAUCUUGAUCUGAUCCAGAUCGCUCUCCAAGAGAAUGGCAUCACAUACACCCGCCUUGACGGCAAGAUGUCGAGAACUGCCCGCGGAGCCGCAAUGGAUUCUUUCCGCGAAGAUCCCGCAAUUACCGUUAUCCUCGUCUCUAUCACGGCCGGCGGUCUCGGCCUCAACUUGACUACAGCAAACAAAGUCUACGUAAUGGAGCCCCAGUAUAACCCAGCGGCGGAAGCACAGGCCGUCGACCGAGUUCACCGCCUUGGCCAGAAACGAGAAGUUACGACGGUUCGGUACAUCAUGAAGGAUAGCUUCGAGGAGAAGAUGCUGGUUCUCCAGGACAAGAAGAAGAAACUUGCCCAGUUGAGUAUGGACUCUGAAGGCCGAGGACGUAUCGAUAAGGUCGAGGCUGCGAAGAAGCGACUAGAGGACCUGCGCAGUUUGUUCAAGUAG